AUGAAUGAUAUUAACUAUACACAUGAACAUUUUCUCAAUUCUUUUGGGAGUUAUGAGAAUUUUUCCAGUCAGUUAUCGCUAUUUGAACCCCGGUCCGGUUAUGGAUCCCCGAAUUCCAAUCAGGAGAAUAUAGGAAAACACCGAAAAAAGAAGAAACGAGGAGCAGUGCAACAAUAUCAACAACGUCAUGCGGCUAACAUGCGGGAGCGUAAACGCAUGCAGUCGAUUAACGAUGCGUUUGAAGGCUUACGAACUCACAUUCCGACGUUACCGUAUGAGAAGAGACUAUCCAAAGUGGAUACGUUAAGACUUGCUAUAGGUUACAUUGGAUUUCUGGCCGAGUUAGUGGAAUCGGAUGUACAAGCGAAAGAAAAUGUUGCAAAUCAAGUAGGAGAACAACCCAAGAAAGUAAUCAUACACUGUCAUCGAGGUAAUGAAAAUCUUGAACAGUAUGGGUUACCCCCCCUUGCUGGUCACUCUCUGUCGUGGACUGAUGCUAAGAAACCAAAUUACGGACCAAACAAAACUUUAACGGCCAAAAUCUGGAUGCCAGAGGAUCCUAGA